GCGGGUGUGUUCGGUACCCACCUUCAUUUUUUUAGUGCCCAGUAUUUUUUCAGUGCCCAUUUUCCUUAGUGGCCAGUAUUUUUGCAGUGGCCAUUUUUUUAGUGGCCAGAUUUUUUUUCAGUGGCCAUUUUCGGAGGAUUUUGUGAAGUGAAGUGGUAAUUCGUGAUUUUUUCGGAAUGACGGGAUGACUAAAUGGCGUUUGUCACUAAUCUUUGGAAUUCCAUCGUUGGCUGCAAGGAGAAGGAGGACAGCUACCUAAGCACGAACCUGUAUGUAGACUUGCAGAAGUAUUUCUCAGUGUCGGAAGUUGACAAGGAGGUGACACCUAUAGUGUUCAGCGAGGGACACGAUAUCGCCUUCAACAAGAGCGGCACGAAGCUAGACUAUAUACCCAUCAAUUUCAUCACAAUCUACCAUAUUGAUACUAGGAAAGCCGAAGUAAAGAUGCCGAGCGGACAGAGGGACACACCGGUGAUCGAGGACAACCGCGACGGCACCGUCAGCAUCAAGUACGACCCGCGAGAGGAGGGCGUCCACGAGCUCUACGUCAAGUACAACGGGGAACAUGUGCAAGGAUCACCAUACAAGUUCCACGUUGACUCCAUCUCCUCUGGCUACGUGACGGCCUACGGACCUGGCCUGCUCAAUGGCGUCAGCGGCGAGCCCAGCCAGUUCACCAUCAGCACCAAGGGCGCUGGUGCUGGAGGUCUGUCCAUGGCCGUGGAGGGACCCAGCAAGGCUGAAAUCACCUGCCACGACAACAAAGACGGUACAGUGUCUGUAUCGUAUCUGCCCACCGCGCCAGGCGAGUACAAGAUUUCCGUGCGAUUUGGCGACAAGCACAUCAAAGGCUCGCCCUUCCUCGCCAAGGUAACGGGAGAGGGACGCAAGCGAAACCAGAUCUCUGUGGGCAGCUGCAGCGAGGUGACGCUGCCGGGCAAGAUCAGCGACAGUGACAUCCGCAGCCUCAACGCCUCCAUCCAGGCACCAUCAGGUCUAGAAGAGCCGUGCUUCCUCAAGCGUCUGCCGUCGGGCAACAUCGGCAUCAGUUUCACGCCUCGCGAGGCCGGCCAGCACACGGUCUCCGUCAAAAAGAUGGGCGUCCACAUCCAGAACUCCCCCUUCAACAUCACCGUCCAAGACCAGGAGGUCGGAGACGCUAAGAAAGUCAAGGUCGCAGGUGCUGCUCUGAAGGAGGGCAAGACCCAGGGCGAGAACACCUUUACCGUAGAUACCAGGAAUGCUGGUUACGGUGGUCUUUCACUGUCUAUUGAAGGCCCCAGCAAGGCGGAGAUCCAGUGCGCGGACAGCAAGGACGGCGUGCUGGCGAUCAGUUACCGGCCCACCGAGCCCGGCUACUACAUCGUCAACCUCAAGUUCGCCGACCACCACGUCGAGGGCUCGCCCUUCACUGUCAAGGUGACAGGAGAAGGCAGCAACAGACAGAGGGAGAAGAUCCAGCGGCAGCGCGCCGCGGCGCCGCUCACCGAGGUCGGCACCAACUGCAAACUCACUUUCAAGAUGCCAGGCAUCACCUCCUUCGACCUGGCGGCCACGGUCACCAGCCCCGGUGGAGUGUCCGAGGACGCGGAGAUCCAGGAGGUGGAGGACGGGCUGUACUCCGUGCACUUCGUGCCCAAGGAGCUGGGCGUCCACACCGUCUCCGUCAAGUACAGAGAGAUACAUAUACCCGGCUCCCCAUUCCAGUUCACCGUCGGUCCUCUGCGGGACUCCGGGGCCCACCUGGUGAAGGCGGGCGGGCCUGGCCUGGAGCGGGGCGAGGCCGGCCGCCUCAACGAGUUCAACGUGUGGACUCGCGAGGCCGGCGCGGGCCAGCUCGCCAUCUCGCUGGAGGGGCCCAGUAAGGCCGACAUCGACUUCAAGGACAGGAAGGAUGGCUCCUGCGAUGUGUCGUACAAGGUUGAUGAGCCAGGUGAAUACCGCAUCGGUUUGAAGUUUAACGAGCAGCACAUCCCGGACUCGCCCUUCAAGGUGUACAUCAGCCCAGCGGUGGGAGACGCACACCUGCUGGAGGUGGCCCAGUUCCCGGACUCCGCGCAGGUCGACAAGCCCACGCAGUUCUAUAUCAGGCUGAACGGAGCUAAAGGCAACUUGGAUGGAAGGGUGAUCUCCCCCUCGGGCAAGACGGACGACUGCUUCAUCCAGAACAUCGACGGGGACCAGUACAGCGUCAGGUUCAUGCCGCGCGAGAACGGCGUCCACAACAUCAACGUCAAGUUCAACGGCGUCCACAUACCCGCCUCGCCGCUCAGGAUCAAGGUGGGCAAAGAUGAUGCGGAUCCUGCCGCUGUCCACGCCCACGGCCCAGGGUUGGGCGCCGUGAAGACAGGUGCGAAGACUGACCUGAUCAUCAACACGUGCAGCGCAGGCGCUGGUAUCCUGUCCGUUACCAUGGACGGUCCUUCACGCGUCGCCAUGGACUGCACAGAGGUCGAGGAGGGUUAUAAGGUACGCUACACGCCGCUGGCGCCAGGCUUCUACUACAUGAGCAUCAAGUACAACGGAGCCCACAUCGUCGGCUCGCCCUUCAAAAUCGAGGCUAAAGGCGCGAACCUCGCUGAAAUCGGCGCGCAGGAGACCUCAUCCGUCACUGUGGAGACGGUCCAGAAGGUGGCCAAGUCUGGGCAGAAGCAGGGCCCAGUGUUGCCCAACUUUAAGUCCGACGCCUCCAAGGUCACCAGCAAGGGCAUGGGAUUGAAGAAGGCGUACCUCAACAAGCACAACCAGUUCACCAUUCACGCAGGAGAUGCUGGCAACAACAUAAUGUACGUGGGUAUCUACGGGCCGAAGGGUCCCUGUGAUGAGGUCCAGCUCAAGCACAAGGGCAAGCACAACUACGAGUGCUCGUAUAUCGUGCGCGAACGCGGGGAGUACAUCGUGCUUGUGAAGUGGGGAGACGAGCACAUACCCGGCUCGCCAUUCAAGGUCGAGGUCUGAGAGGAUCAUCAUUGGGGGUGAGAGGGAGAAAAAAUAUUUUUUCUCCCUCCCAUCUGAAAAUAUAAGUUAUAAUAUAAGCUGUCAUUCGGUUAUUUACUUUUUGUUUUCAAUGUUUCUUAUUAUGUAGUCAAAUAUGGUUGUUGUUUCAUUAUUAUUAUUUGUAUAGAGUCAAGUCACACAUAUUAAAUUCAUUCGUAACUAAUUGCCCGCUAAGGAGAAACUUUACCUAAUAUACUUUGAAAUAAAGUCUUAAACUAAAUUAAAAUUAUGAAAACUCGAAUUGACUAAACGGUAAAGGUUACGUUUUUGGACACUUGAGAACUUGCUUAUUUCUGUUAAAAAUAAAAAAUGGAAUAGCAGUAUUUUUUAUGAUAAAUUACUUAAGACUGACUCCUAAAAUCUUUUGUUUGUUUUUGCCAAUUUUAAUGAUCUCUCGUAGAUCUGGAAUUCAGUAAAAGUAUAUUAUAGUUAGAUUAAGAUGUAACUUGUUAAAAUUGAAAAAAAAAACUGGUUUUCAAUACAUUCUAGUCGUAACCAAAUUAAAAUUUGUAAAUCUAGUCAUAAAAUUAUUUUAAGUUUUGGCAAAUUUUUAAUCAAUUUGAUAAGACAUUUUUCUGGUUUCAAUAAAAAAUAUUUAGGGUACUCAAUACUCAUGUAUGUAUGGUUCUCAUUUAGUUAUUAGGGCGACUAAAUGAUAAACCAUAUAAAUAUUCCCAUUAAUGUUAAGGGUAGAUGCAUUUUAUAAAACGAGUGGAAAAACUGACGCUUCUGAAGCCUUUUGUGAGAAAAGGCACAUGACAGCGUCACUUUGACAUCUCGAAACUGUCAACUGACGUAAGAUUUGUUCUCUUGUCGUGUUUCUAAUUGUACUAACGUCAUACUAAUCUUCGGCGUUGACAGUUUACUGAAUAAAAUGCAUCUUAUAACGCAGUGUUUUUCAACCUCUUUCAUGACACGACCUCUUUAGAAAUAGAAAUAUUCGCAACUCUGUUGCUUUUAUUUUAAAGUAGUUUUACUUAGAAAUAUCCCUCUAAAGGGGCUUCACAAACCCCAAGGGGUCGUGACCUACAUGUUGAGAAACACUGCCAUAGUAUAUUGCUUAUUAAUUUUGGAUGGUUUGAUCUGUAUGAGUUUUACCUACGUAGGUAGACGUCCCUGUUGUAAAUACCUAUUUUAAGUAUUUAUUUUAUAUAUUUGCUACUGUUAACUAAAUAAAAGGAUAAAGACA